AUGUUAAGCAGAAUCAGCAGAUUCCGUAUUUGCAAAUCUUCUUCCGUUCCAAAGAGUACUCAAGACCGAGAUCUCUUGAUUUUCCGUCUUUUGGAAAAUUUUAUCGAGAUGCCUGUUUGUUCCUAUUGUGAGGAGCGUAGUUUCAGGUUCUGCAAGAUGUCUUCUGGAGACUCUUCUCGUUGUAUCGAAUGCAUUCGACUGGGCUGCUCCAAGUGCGAUGUUAUAAGCUCUUCUUCCGAGGAGCUUUGCAAUAUUGCUAUCUAA